ACAACACCCACAUAUAUGUCUUUCUCUCUGCAUCGAUCGAUCCAUUGUAUAUCUCUGUGUAACUGAUUGAUUAAUUGGGCUUUCUCUUCCUGAUCUUGACACCGUUCGCCAUGGCAGAGGCGAAGCAACCAUACUUGAACGGAGCCUUCUACGGCCCGUCAAUCCCGUCUGUCAGCCACCACCCCUCCCGCGGCCGCGGCUGCGGCUGCGGCUGCUGCCUUCUGAGCUUCCUCUUGAAGAUCGUCAUCUUCGUCGUCUUCCUCGUUUGCCUCGCCUUCUUCCUGUUCUGGCUCGUCUUCCGCCCCAAGGUCGUCAAGUUCCACGUCACCGACGCCGCCCUCCGCCGGUUCGACCUCAACACCGCCACCAACAUGCUCGACUACGACCUCCCCAUGAACUUGACCAUCCGUAACCCUAACAAACACAUCGGCAUCUACUACGACCGCCUCGAGGCAAGCGCUUUCUACGAGGACCAGAGGUUAGUCACCAUCCCGCUGCCGAACUUUUACCAGGGGCACAAGAACACGACCACCUUGAACCUCCACUUCAAGGGCCAGAAAAUGGUAGGUUUGCAGGCCUCGGAUCUGGAGAAGUACAAUUCCCAGAACAGCUCGGGGGCUUUCAACAUCGACGUGAAGCUCUAUCUUCGUAUCAGAUUCAAGCUGCGUGAUUUGAAAACCCAUAAGUUCAAGCCCAAGAUUAAGUGCGACUUGAAGGUUCCAUUGCAAACCUCUGGCAGCUUCGAAACUGAAAGGUGCGACAUCGAUUGGUAGUUGGUGUCAUGAUCACAUCCAUUUCCUCCAUGGCCGCAGCUCCAGGCCUUCAUAGAUGCCUACACUAUACAUACAUAUUCUUUUAUAUAUAGCAGAUUUAUUCGUAUACUUCAUACACUUUUCAUCUUUCUUUUCUACUUUUCACAUUCCUGCGAUUCCAGUUUUGGAUAUAUAUUAUGAUCAUUUCCUUGUA